CUUCACGGCUACCGUAGAAUUACAAAACAUAAACAAAGUGGGAGGUCACCAUGUUACACUUAUAAACUAAUCGGGUUAUUACUAUUAUUGAUUGAUAUUCACAAAAACAAUCAUGGGUAACGUGAAUUAUGACAUAUAUUAACGAAAUUGCAACGCCUCGAUGAAGCAUGAUUAGCCUCCGGUGCUAAUGCUAGCACUUCCUGUCCCGUUUCGUAACCGUUUGACAAUAAAGUUAUGCAAGUUAAGAUGUGGCAUCAGAACGAGAAGCAAGUCGUCAGAGGUGAAGCGCUCAGCUGACAUGUCCGGUGUUCGGCAGUCCGUCUGUGAGGCCUUCUGGGCCAUGUGUGCUGCAGACUCCAUGUCCAUGCCGGUCCACUGGUACUACAACAUCCGGGACAUCAGGAGGGACUUUGGGGGCUGGAUCACAGCGUUCAACUCCCCCCCGGACAAACACCCCUCCAGCAUCCUGACCCUGUCCAACACCGCGGGGAGCGGCCGCAGUGCCUCGUCUUCCAGCAGGAGGCGGGCCGACGUGGUCGGGAAUGUCAUUCUCCACGAUAAGCUGGAUUUGUGGAAGUCCUCCACCGGAUCGGUCCAUUACCACCAAGGUCUUCACGCUGGCGAGAACACGCUCAACAUGCUCUGCUCCCUCCGGGCGGCCCGCGCGCUCGUCUCUGGAGGUUUCGCUGACGUCUCCGUGCCCGCCGCGCGCGCCGCCGUUCUCUCAGACUACGUGCAGUUCUUGACCACGCCCGGCUCCCACGCCGACACGUAUGCCGAGUCUUUCCACCGCUCGUUCUUCGCCGACUGGCAGGAGGGCAGGCCGACCUCCCCCGAUGAGAUCCUGAAGUUUGCAGAGAAGCGCUCCGCCCUUAAGCUGAGCUCGCCAUUCCCGGACGGCCAGCUGAACGCCAUCGGCUGCCUUCCCAUGAUUAUUCCCUUCGUCCUGCUGUCGGCUUCAGCCAAUGAGGAGCAAGCUGUGUCAGCCGCUGUGGAGUUCGUGAAGCUCACCCAUCCACACCCCAAAGUGCCCGAGUACGUGUCCAUCUACAGUCGAGCCCUGCACGCCGUGCUGGGCGGAGCCAGCGUCCGCCUGCAGGCCGAGCACGCUCUCAGGAAGCUGGACGCCUGGGACGCCUGUCAGAGCUACAGCCGCAAAGCUGCCAGGUUUCCUGCUUCCCCUGUGGACAGACUGACGGUCCACCAGAGCGCUGUUAGCCAUCUUGGUCUGGCCUGCUACAACGAAGGAGCCCUUUCUAGCAUGUUUUAUCUGGCCUACGAGUUUCAUGACGACCCUAAGGAGGGGAUCCUCGCAAACGCCAACUGUGGAGGUGAAAACUGCAACCGUGGGGCUGCCCUUGGGGCCCUGCUGGGCGCCGGGGCCGCCUACAAUGGGCGGGGCAUCCCACAGGAAUGGAAGGACCACCUGAAAGAUGGGCAAGAGCUCAUUCCUGAGAUCCUUAAGAAGUUUUAGUUAAAGCAACAGCACCCCCCAUGGAGACAAAGAGAACUGCAGGGACUAAUAAAAGUUGCUGCUGCUUUCAGGUUUCAUAUUUAUUUAUGACUGAUUCCACUUCAACAAGAAUAUUCUUUUUUUUUUUGCACGAUCUAUAUAUUUUUUACCAUCAAAUUAAAUUAUUAAUCUUUUUUUCUGUAACAUUUUUCUGUUUGAAGUUGCCUUUAAAAAAUAAACAAA